CCAACCCGCAGAACCGGAAGCUGCUAAUUUCACUGUGCUAAGGCGGAUCCCGUUCUCUAACGUCUUUGAAACUUUGUUCCGAAUCACAUAUCCGCCCUGUUAAACACACUGAUCCGCCGGUGAGUUCCGCUGCACAGCGACAGAAGUGGAAGAGCAUGGGCGACAAGGAGCUGAUGUGGGCUUUGAAAAAUGGUGACCUGGACGAGGUGAAGACGUUACUGAAAAAGGAUGAGGAUGUGAACCGGACGCUGGAGAGCGGUAGAAAGCCCCUGCACUACGCUGCGGACUGCGGCCAGGCUGAGAUGGUGGAGUUCCUGUUGUCUAAAGGAGCAGAUGUGAAUGCUCCAGACAAACAUGGCAUCACUCCAUUGCUGUCUGCCACUUACGAGGGUCACCUCACCUGCGUCAGAAUCUUACUAGAGAAGGGUGCUGAUAAGGAGAGGAAGGGACCAGACGGGCUGAGUGCGUUCGAGGCAGCAGAGAGCGAGGCGAUAAAAGCCCUGCUGAAGUGAGGCUCAGCCCGCAGAACCGCGUCUCUCAUGGCGUGAACAGACGCUUGGCUGCCACCAGACAGAUCACACACACACACACUCACGCACGUCUUGGCGUCUGUCCGGUGGCUUCCUCGUUGUCUUCUGGGUUUUCUUUUUGUGUUCCACAUUUCCUUUUUUGUUUUAUUAUUAUUAUUUUUUAAUUAUUAUUAUUAUUAUUAUUAUUAUUAUUAUUAUUUUCGGGGAGUGGGUUUUAUGUUUACUCUGCUAGCGUAUAUGAAUUAGCGGACCUCUCAGUCAGUCAUGCCGUCCACACGGGCUACUGGCUGGGAGGAAGCGGUUAACCUCCACCCCUGCGUACCACUAAACACACGCUCGAAGCGCUUAUUUGCAGAACAAAGCUUUCACAUCUUGCAAAUGAUCCCCCAGCCAAAGAAUCAGCAGAGAACAAUGAUGUAAAUGUGUGGGUUUUUUUUUUUUUUGGUGACUGUAAGACUUGAAAAGAGGCUGGUUUUUAAAUUUAGCGGGAAACAAAAAAAGAAUUUCAUGUCUAAUGCCUAGUUCCAUGUGAUCAGGGGUGGCGUGUGGGACUAGCAGAGUGGCAGAUAAAUAGAUAGAUAAAUAAAUAACCCUCUCCCAGUGAAAAUGUUACAUUCCCACAGAGCGGUCUUGAUCAGCUCUUCUAACAACAGCUUACAAAUAAUAAUGAAUUUAAAAAAAAAAAAAAAGGUAUUGAAACCAUGUCAUGUCAGCGUGCACUUCUCUUUUUUUUUGUCAUGUUUGUACUCUUGAAAAUAUGGGUUAAUAAGAAAAACUAUAAAGGCUCUUGCUGGGAGAGAGUGGAACCACACAAGCACUUCUGUCACUGAUAACGACGGACUCUUCUGCUUACCCGACUGCAUGCUAAUGCCUCUGCUCCUAUACGCUCUGUGCAACAAAAAAAACGCUCGCUCGCUCGCUCGCUCACUUUCUGGAUUUGUUUUGUUUUGUUUGUUGUUUUUUUUUUCGUUCAAGUUGCAAAUUCAACCAUGGAACAAAACAAGAAAAAGAACAGUUUAAAGCUUUCUAUCUGGCUUCAUUGUGAGAAAGGUUGGUGAAAGAAAAAGGAAUAAAGAAUUUUAAUUUGAA